AUGUGUAUCGCAGCGCAGUCGUGGGCUCAAGAAUGUGACCGGCCUCACGACAACCACCAUGGCUCUUUAAGAGCAGCGAUCAUCGCGAGUGGGGUAGCUGGUCUCCUAAUCGUGGUUCUACGCAUAAUUUCAAGGGCGUAUACAUUACGCAGAUUUUGGUGGGAUGAUUGGAGUCACAUCAUUUCCGGGGUGCUUAUGAUACCAUUGCUUGUCUUCAGUAAUUUGUGUGUGAACGAAGGAAUGGGAUACCACUUAUACGAUAUUAACUUCUCAUCGGUGUCCCAGGCCACUCACCUGAUUAUCUGGUACUAUCUCUCGCAGAUCUUCUGGCUAGUCGUCAUUUAUUUCAUCAAGAUGUCGAUCCUGUUCCUCUAUCUUCGAAUUUUCCCCGAGAUCCCACUUUUCCGAUACUGUGUGAUAGGCACAAUGGUGUUCACAACGGUGGCUGUCAUCAUUCUCGUCCCGAUGGAUAUAUGGCAGUGCGUACCGAUCCACGCAAUAUGGGAUUUAAAAAGGGAGGAUGCGAGGUGCCUCAGCAUCGCAGGAGUGGCCUAUGCAAGUGCAGGAGUGAACAUUGCCACGGAACUUGCAGUUCUCAUCCUGCCACUACCAUUGCUCCGAACACUUCGCGCCUCAAUAGCACAAAAAAUUGGGUUGUAUGCUCUUUUUGGAUGUGGUAUUCUGCAUCGCAUCCGCCCGAGUACCAACUCUAAGAAACGUCGAGGCAAUUCAUGA